CAUACACUACUAGGAAGUAGAAAAAGUGCACUUCCGGGCCACAAGAUCAAGAAAUGGCUGCUUCUGUGUUGGGUUGUGAGCAUUAUAUGCGCAGCUGUUUACUAAGAGCUCCUUGCUGCAGUAAAUUGUAUGUCUGUCGUCUUUGUCACGAUGCUAAAGAAAAUCACCAGAUGGAUCGUUUUAAGGUGAAGGAAGUCAAAUGCUCCAUAUGCAACAGGGAUCAGAAGGCACAACAGACUUGUGAAGGCUGCAGAAUAAAGUUUGGUGAAUAUUAUUGUGAUAUAUGCCACCUUUUUGACAAAGACAAAAAGCAAUAUCACUGUGAACAGUGUGGAAUUUGUAGGAUUGGUCCCAAAGAAAUGUACUUUCACUGUGUGAAGUGUAACUUGUGCUUAGCCAGUGAUCUACGAGGAAAUCAUAAGUGUGUUGAAAAUGUGUCCCGGCAAAACUGCCCUGUUUGUAUGGAGGAUAUUCACACAUCACGGAUAGGUGCACAGGUUCUACCCUGUGGUCACCUUCUUCACAAAACAUGUUUUAAAGAAAUGUCUAAGACGGGAGCAUAUAGAUGCCCUCUGUGUAUGCAUUCAGCUUGGGACAUGACAACUUGCUGGGAGGAACUGGACAAAGAAAUAUCCCAGACUCCGAUGCCAACUGAAUAUCAAAAUUCAACUGUAAAAAUUCUGUGUAACGACUGCCAGACACAUUGCACUGUACAGUUCCAUGUGCUGGGAAUGAAGUGUAGUGGUUGUGGAUCCUAUAAUACAGCUCAAGAUGGAGGAUUGAUUAAUCAAGAGCCACAAGAAUGAUGAAAACAUAUUAAAUUGUGUGUUUUUUCUUUCUUUCCAGCAGCAGUCACAUUUAAAAAAAAAAAAAAAAAGAUAUUUAACUAAUCAGAAUUGCA